ACUGCAAUUCUCCUUAGCUAGCGUGUUGGUUUUGGUGUAUUACGUAUGGUCCUGACUAUGUAAAACUGUUAUAUUCUCAGACUUCAAGACGGACUAUAGUGGACGCUGAGCGAUUUUGAAUUCAUAUCGACUGGCACAGACCGAUUUUUGGUAUACGCAAUCUUACUGUCUAUAGUCUAGUAACAGUUCAGUCUGGCUUUCCAACGUGUAAGGGAUUACUUUAACCACCAUGCAUUUCGUUAGGACGUUGACUGUGUAUGAAAAAAGCCGAGAUAUGUUCUUAGGAUUCUGGAUGUCACCUAGUCGUGAUCAGUGAAGAAAGGACAUGCUUCGUGCUACAGGCCAAUGAAGUGCAUCAAACGUGAUGCCUCGCUAAGAGGAUACCUCCCUCUACACACGGUACCGUAGCUACGGCGGGAAAAACGCCAUUUCUAUCUCCAAUGUUUAAAGAAAUCGAGCUUAACGCACUGUAGUUGAAGAUUUAGUGAAGAAGUGACACAUCUCGCUUGACUAGAGACGAUCACGCAAAGGUAGUCCCGGACCAGUCGAAGCUGAUCAUACUUAAACAGAGUGUGCAUUGUGUGUCCUCUGCCGAUGAGAAAGUUCUACCGCGAAGCCACGUACGCUUCAGUCCUCGACAGUCAGUCGCCGCGACUACACGGAUGCUGAAGUCUUAUAAAGUAACCAGUAAGCUUGCGUGGAAUUAAUAGAAGAAAGAAAAGGGGAAUUAUGUAUAUCCAUGAAUUUGGAAAGAGAUAAAUACCUGGCGUGCUAUUAUAUCUGUGUUUUCAUUCAUCCUCCAACAGUGUCGUUUACUACUGAGAGAAGCGGAGUUUUAUUAAUAAGUCUAUAGCUUAACCGUGUGUGGUUUCUCUGCAUUCUACGGUGAGGCGGAGUGUUGAGAGCUAGCAUCAUUGGAUCAAUAUAUAACGGAAUAAUAGUUUCUUUGCCCAAGCUAAGGUGAGCCCGAUGGAAAACGCUUUCAUUUGGAUUACACUGUCGACAAUACUUAAUACCUAUUAUUCAAUAAACUGCUGUAGCUAAAUGUGCUCAUAUGGAGAACGUUUCUUUCAAAGUUUUCAAUGGUUUCUUAAAUCGGAAACAUGGAGUUACAGAGACUCUUCUAUAGAUAUUAUGUUUUGUUCUUCUGGAUUAUUCUCGACUGUUCCCUCUCAAUAGGUUUAAGCAGAAAAAAAACGUCGUUAAAAAAAGUUUCCGGUCGAACAGUGCGUCGCCAGACUAUUCCAGAGUUCGUCCAAAUAGGGCGAAGGGAUAUUACAGUUCACAGAGGGGAGACGGUCGUCCUCAAGUGUGCCAUCAAAAACCUAGGGCCAAGAGAGGUUGUAUGGCGGAAAGUGUCAGAAGCUUUUCCCCUGUCCAUAGGAACCCACAUGUAUGCUCCAGUUGAUGAAAUGUCCAUAGACUUCAGACGCUCAGGCAAAUAUAAAACUCGCUGGGAUCUUAUCAUUAAAAGAACUGAACCAAGACAUUCAGGGAAAUACGAGUGUCAGAUUGUUACAAAAGGAUUAAAAAUAUAUCAUAUAAACCUUACAGUUUUACCCACUCCGAAGCCUCAACGUAAAGGGCAAGAAAAAUAUCCCUCCAAGUCUGUCGAGGAGGAAGCGAAGGGAGCAGCUAUACAGAUAAAUGGUACAGUGUUUAUCAAUAUGUACCAGAAGCUAAAUUUGACGUGUAAUGCGACAGGGGUGACAAGAGCGCCCGCGGCAGUCGACUGGUUCCAUGACGGUCAUAUAAUCAACUCAAGCGAUAAAAAAUACGCCAACCGGCUGAUGAUACUAAACAAAGUCCCCGAGAUACCAGGGAGAUCACUCAUCAGUACACUCAUCGUAGAAAGAUGCACGGAUGCCGACAAGGGCAAUUACGUGUGUCGCAGCUCAGAUCUGGAUACCACCAGUAUAACAGUUCAUAUUUUAAGCGCAGUGGUAAAGGAUGUAGAAAAGCGUAAUGAUAAUAAGGGUAAGAAAUUCGACGGAUACAGCCCAAAGAACGAUACGGGAUCUCCGGAAUUGCAGCAAAAUAGAGUGAAAGGGAAUAACAGCACGCGCCAAUUACAUUCUACUUCCGUUUUCUUAGUGACAGUAUUGAUAGGCCUUAUAUCGGCCAUAAGGUGACAAGUAAGAUAGGCUGAUAGUAUCCCCAUACGUUAUGGAUUUCACGCGGGAACUAACCUUGGAUUGUUGGGACAAAUUAUGAUAAAACUGUGCCUUAACUACAUCAAUUCCACGAAUCUGCCUGUUUCUUAUGAUGUGAGUAACAAUGAGGUGUUGGUGUGACUUCACCACUGAACAGGCGUACUAAAGACGGAACAUUAAUUGGAACGAAUUGGGGACCGGAAGUUGUGUAAUUGUUGCUAGGAACAAAGCCAGUGAUACAACUAUACUAUGUAGUUAGAACUGUACUAUACACUUCACCUCCUAAAACCUGCUAGGUCAUAGAUAGUCGUCAUACAUGACCAUGUAUAUAGUUGCAUAGAAAUAUCAUAUAUCUGUGGAAAUAGUCAGGUAUAUGAUAUACAGCUGUGGAGACCACACGUUAUGUGUGGUAGAGAUGUACAUUUGUAUAUAGUUAUAUUUAUUUACAUUAUAUAUAAAAAUAUAUUGUGUAUAUACGAAAUGAAAUCCACAACACAACAUGUGUACGUACCAAUCAAAAUGUCUACGGAACACAGAAACAGUGAACGAGAGAAUACUGCCAGAUACGUGUUACAGUGAAGACGAUUCCAAAAGAUUAUGAAGUACAAUGAUAAUAAAGAAUAUAGUUUAACUCUUUGUUUUGAUAAAGAGUAUUUUCAGAAGUACCAUUCAUAAGACAUUUCUGGAACGGGCAAACAGCUUCCGUGUUAUAAUGGAAACAAAACAAAAUCAAUAUUUACACAUUUUGAGUUAGGAAUUAGUCAAAUACCCAUCUGGAUCAUUACCAAGGCUACAGCAGAACUGGACGUCUAUCGGUGAGUGACGUGAACUGUAUACAAAUUGAUUACGAUGAAUGUGUGAUUUAAGAAAUAGAUCUAGAAUCACUCCUACCAAGUCUAAGCCACUUACCUGUACCGAUCUAUAUUUCGUCGUUAGAGCGGAAGUGAUAUCAUCACUACGAAGAGAAUAUAUUAUAAUCGUAUACGUACACUGAUGUUUUCGUACUUUUACAAUGAAAAUGCACUGACUUUCAUUUAAAUAGCAUUAACUGAUGCGCGUGCAAAAUACGUAACUUUGUUACGACCCCACCAUUGCAUUCCAUUCCAAAUCAUAUUUUACAACGACGGGUUUUUUCAUAUUUCAUUUCUUUUUUUCAGUUGUCUUCAAUCGCUGGAAAAUGCCGAUCAAAACUAUUUAGGUCAUUGGUGUCCUCACUGAUAGUAGUAAACCCUCCUGGUUGUGAAUAUGGGUACUCGAGCAUCAACCUUUUUAAAAAGUCCACAAAGGAGGAUGUUGGUGUAUCACUGAAUCACCGCGUAGUAAUUUGUGGUCAUUCAUUAUUGAGGAUAAAGCGUUCACAUAUAUUGCAAACAUAUUGUACAAGAGUAUACAGAAUCUCCUUCGUAAAUAUUGGAACUCAUUUAUUAGUGUCCAAAGAAUACCAUCAAUUCAUGCACAUUUAUGUACUUAAUUCGUUUAGAAACUUCAAUCUAGUUUGUAAGACUUCAUAUAGUGUAAAGUAUUGUUUAAAAUCAUCAUCCGAGAGAAACAUAACAUUUCCGAUUAUUUAAUGUUAAAAUGACAUGUCUCCCUGUUAGAUAGAUUCAAACUUACCAUGAUAUUUACGUUAUUUGUAAAGCAUUCCAUGUAUGCAGAAAUAUCCGAAUUGUAACUGAGAAGGUAGCAAGAAGGGUGGACCUUCAGUGAGAAGGCGACUCCGUGUGACGUGGUAUAUAAGAGCUGUUAUAUACUGUCUGAUGAAUGAUUAUUUGUUUUAAAUGAGAUGUGUUUGCAUGACUUGGACUCGGUAGACAGUGUGACAGGACAAAUCGAAUGAAAAUAUUGAAUAAAUAGUUUAAUUUAUGUUACUAAUUUUAACACGUAUUUAGUAUUAUUUUCAAUAUGUACAACAUAUGCCUCUACCACAAAAAAACUUUACGCAUCCUAGUCAAUAUCCUGCUCAUAGACCAAAAGGAAACUAAUUAAAAAAAUCCAACCCGUGAUAUAUUAUGCUUUGAAAUGUGCUUAAACAUUACAAGUACCUUCGAUUCAAAACAAAUGUUCAUAAUUCUACGCCCUAUGUUUACUUUAAAUAAAAUUUCGCUUUUCACUUUAAAGCGAUUUUAUAUCAUAAAGUUAGAUUAAGAUCAUUAUGAAAACCACGAAAAACUGUUGGGUCUUCGAUCGAAGCAAAUCGAUGCUUAUUGACAUAUUACUGGUAAGGAAUUAUGUUGCAUGUUUUCCUUCCCUAUGUACUUAAGGUAGCUAAACUAAUCAUCAUGACAGUUAGUCACAAAUUGCAACUGUCUCGUCGCCGUUUACCUCAUCAGGCGUACAACAAUAUAACUCAAUAGAUGUAUUUGUUUGAAACGUGUAUUAGAUACUAUCAUUUUUUCCGAAAUUAAACUGCGGGUUUUUAACAAUGAACAACAUGGCACAUUUCAUAAUUGUAUCUACACGUUCUGCGAUGCAUUUGCUUCUUCGUAACAUAUAUGUAUUUUUACCUACUUUUAAAAUAUCCAUAUUGUGAUAUUAUUGCAUCAAUUUGCUGAAUGAAUGAGUGAUUGUUUUCUCAUUUUUUUCAGUUAUUUUCUGUCAAAGUGUUCAUAUAUCUAAAAUAUCAGAGUAAAACAAUUCCAAUGUAAUUCAAAUGCGAAUAAAUAGUUUUUUAAAAACUAAGAAAGAUACGAAUGUACUUGAAUCCUGAUAUGGAAAAAGUUAUCUAUGUAAAUGUGUGUGUGAAAAGACAAAUUCUUUUCAUUACACAUCACAAGUGUUUAAUCAUCACAAACGUCUACCUAUACAUCUAUAAUAAUAAUAGCUUAUGUCUGAUCACGCGGUAUUGAUCGGUUUUCGUGUAAAUACUCUUUUUGAUAUUUUGAAUCAGUUUACAAAUAUAUUUACUAUACGUGGUACACCUCAAUACCAAACAAACCUUCUUAAUUCAUUCAUUGUAAAUAGACAAUAUUUGACGUAAGACAAACAAUAGUUUCACUCGCCUAUCUUAUCAUUCGUCAUGGCCAUCCAUAUUCGUCCCUUGUUCUGUAUGAAGAUUGAUUUCGAAUAUAUCAGUAGUGUACCUUAUUCUAUUCUGAUCAUGUAUGUGUUCAAUCGAUCAUUAUUAAUUAGUUAAGUCAGUAAUUGUAUCUCACGUUGAUACUUCUUACCUUAGUCAAUUAUCUGUGUAUGUUAAAUUCUAAUCUUGGAAAUAUCUGUAUAAAUUGGUCAGUCGAUGUACCAAUGUUGUCUCAUUUCACAAAGCCAUCAUGAUCAUGUGAGUCGUAUAUUGUGUUUAUAACAUGAUAUUCUCAUCAUUUAAGUUGUGACAUCGUUGUUUGUAAUAAUAUGACAUGACGAAGGCAUUGCCAAGCUGUUGGGUAUGUGACGGCGUCUCUACGAUCCUCUAGUGUACGCAUGUAGGUAAUUAUGUCAAUUUAUCAUUGUCAUAUAUUAUAACGUCGCAUUUAUUUUAUUUGUUUAAAUCAAAGAGUUAUUUAUUGUUUAUUGUGACAAAAUAAAAGAGCAAGUGUU